UACUAUUUUUUUUUAAAAGUUUACAACUUCUUUUUAGGGCUGUCAGAAGAUGAACUCGUGGCUCAAUGCAUUCUAUUUUAUUUUGUUGGAUACGAAACUACUGCUUCAACGAUCGCUUACAUGGCGUAUGCAUUGGCAACAAACCAACAAUGGCAAGAUAAAUUAAUUGCUGAAGUGGAUGAAGCGUACAAGAAGCACGGUGAAGUUGGUUACGAUGCAGUGAGAGACAUGAAACUUAUGGACGCGGUCGUAUCAGAAACUUUGAGAAUGUAUCCACCUGGCUUAAUGACAGCACGAAUAACGACAUCAGAUUACAAGUUAGGUGAUACAGGUAUAGUUUUAACAAAAGGCAUACCUGUGCUUAUUCCACUGUAAGCAAUGCAUUACGAUGCCGAGUUUUUUCCUGAGCCUGAAACUUUUAAUCCCGAAAGGUUCAUGGAUUCAUCUAAGGUUAAACAUCCACAAUAUACAUAUUUACCAUUUGGCGAGGGCCCACGGAAUUGUUUGGGAAUGAGAUUUGCUUUGUUGGAGAUCAAGUUAUGCAUGGCUAAUAUAUUACAUCAUUACAGAUUUAAAACUCAUUCAACAACAAAAGUGCCUUUGGAAUACAAGAAAUACUCUGUGUUCCUCAGUUUUACCGAACUACCUUUGGCUUUGGAGAAAAUUAAUCCAAGUGCGGAUUCAACAUUGUAAAAUUGAGAAUACACACUGCUUCAUAGUUUCUCCUGUGA